AUGCCAUACGUAACUACGUUUUCACUAAUCAGGGUUGGAGUUAGCGACGUGUUGCUACGACACGUCAAGGUCUUCCAUGGCCAGGAUAACGCGGCAAAUGAAGGGCGAAACAACCAGCGGAUCGCUGUCGAAAACAGCCCGAACUCUCUACGCGGUGGCCAAUAUCCCAGCAACAGCAGCCCUGGCGACGAGAGCGAGAUUGACGUCGAUGAUAGCGAGGAUGAUACAUCACCAGCCCAGGAAACUAUGCCGGUCCACAGCCUCCACCUGGAAGACCCACCGGCGGCGGCUGGCCAAAUGGGCACCACCGACCUCGAUGGGUUAGUUGCCGCAUCAAUGCUGCAGGCUCGCAAGGAAGGACUAAACGGAUCCGUAAAUGCAGCACUGCGCCCUUUACUCCAAGUAACUCACCCGAACCACCCUCAUACGGCACCAGAACCUACGGCAACACAGGACUUCGUAGCCCCUGACCUGACGACGGCACCAAGAGACAUCACCAGUAGCAACACUGGUUUCCGGCCACAUGAACCUUUGUUUACUACUGGUGGCAAUCUUGUACCGGCUUCCUUCAUAAUAGGCAACUCCUAUCCCAGUAAUCUCCACCUCUGCCAGGAUAUAUUCGACUCGUUCGACAACAACAUCAACUCGCCGAAUUUUAUAAACUUUAGUACUGAAAGCGGCCUUGCGUCCAGCGUGAUAAGCUCUCAGAUAUCUAGCAAGGAACGGGCGAGCUGUAUUCCCCUUGAGCGUUUCGCUCGUGUUGCGGGGCUGUGGCCAAACAAGAGGGGGUCUACAGCGGGUCACGAAGCAACUAAUAUAUGGGCUGAAGUGGUAGAGUACAAGGGCGAUAACAUUUUGGCGGAUACUUCCAUCGCGCGAUCUUCGCCAGUUCCUUCAAUCGGUAAGGAGAACGAAUCGAAAUGGGGCCUGGAUGAGGAUAAGCGCCAGGAGCUUAUCCACGAGCUCGGGUCGGACCUUCUAUCUCUCAAUGAUGGUAAUAACUUUGAGAGAAUCGUCCUCGCAGGGCGCCACCGAGAAAUGCUGUCACCAGUUAGCCACGCCGUGCUUCGGACCAGGGAGCUCUGCGACGCUUAUCUCUCGCCUCACAUCUGCGACGCUACUCCUGACCGCUUGGAGGAUCUGCCUGGCUCGUAUGAGAUGCUGGCGCGGAUGCUGUACAAUCAGACAUUGUCGCUUGCUCAACUCUCAGGGCUAUUCGCCAUGCGCUCAGCUUCACCUAGUAUAGAAGAUCUCCUAGAUCGACUCAGAACGCAAGGCGAGGCUCAAAGUCAGCGCCAGAGCGACGACGCUCUGUGGAAGGCUUGGGCGCGAACUGAGAGCCUUAAACGGCUCAUUGCUACUAUGAUCGCUACUGAUGCUUGGUGGUCGUAUAGCCUAGGCGAGGCGCCGCUCAUCCGUACCCGUACAAUUCAAUUCGAGCAUCCAUGCUCUGCUGAGCUAUUCCAGUCUUCCUCAGCCAGGUCGUGGAAGCGGCUCGUCGAAGAUGGCUCCAGUAUCGUGUCCGGAUCUAUCUUGAUCCAGAUGCAUGAACCCUCAGUGCGCCUGUCAGAAUCGCAGAAUGUCUCGCCGACAGGCAUCAUCGGCCUGCUCUCUAUUAUCUGGAUCCGAAUCCUCGAAGUCCACCAUCACGCAGCCAAAGUAGACCACAGAAUCUCCAAUGCACCGCAAAUAGUAUUUGCCUUAGAAGAGUCCGGGAAUGUGCUGUCACGUAUGUUAGAUGACAUAUACAGGGCCUACGCUCGUUUCCUCGGGCUCAAGAACCCCAACUGCAUCACGAUGUGGCACUUCCUAAACCUCAAUCUCUUCUCCAACCUCCAAGUCUUCGAGCUCGCUGCCGGCCGAAAUGGAGCAGACAGUGCUCACGAAGCAUUGAGGAACAUCGCCGCGUGGAGUCAUACCUGGUAUGCACGUCGGGCUUGCCUCCAUGCCGCGGGCAUCUACACCGCCAUGAAUCGCCGCCGCAUCAACGACGGAACCAUGUUUCACUCUGAGGUUUCCAUCUUCGCGGCGGCCUUGGUACUAGGGCUCUAUGUGUUUAUGAUGGGCUCGAGCCAUGACGAUGAUCUAAGCCAUCAACUCGGCGCGGGAACGGAUGUGGAGCCUUACGAGUUUCUAAACGAAGCGGAUUGGCCUGGGUUGGGCGGCGAUGGGAGCGCGUCAUCAUCGUUCUCACCUUCGAUAGCUGCCGAUGAUGGCCAGGAGAACGCUGCGAGGCGUUGGGUAAGGGAAGGGGGCGUAGUUAGCUUUUCGGGAGUCAUCUGUGAGGGCGGGUACAAUGCGGCCAAAAUGAUCCUUCUUGAAUUUGCUAGCUUACUGGAAGAGGUGGGGAAGUGGGACGCGAAACCCCUAUGCCGUAUUUUGAGAAUCAUGAGUGAUUCGUUGCUUGAUAUAGAGGAUCAGCCGGACUGUAUCUGA